AUGCAAAGAUCCAUUUUUAAGUCAAGAUUCUUGUAUUCCUUAGUUUAUCAGAAAGCAACUCCUACAACAACAAUUGGUGGAAAACUUCCUGUUUAUGUUACACCUGCUCCUUAUGGUUUGGUUAUAAUCUAGGAAUGGUGGGGACUAAACUCUUCCAUUUGUAAAACAGCUGAUAUCAUGAGUACUUAUGGGUUUAAGUGCGUUGUACCUGAUUUGUAUAGAGGGAAAAUUGCUAAGGAUACUGAAGAAGCAGGACAUCUACUUUCUGGAUUAGAUUGGAAAUAAGCUUUAAUUGAUAUAGAAGAAUCAGCUCGUUAUUUAAAGGAAGAUUUGCAUUGCAAGAAAGUAGGAAUUUUAGGAUUCUGUAUGGGUGGAGCACUUAGCAUAGCAUCAAUUACAACCUCUAAAAUCAUCUCUGCUGCUGCACCAUUUUAUGGAGUCUGCGAUUUAAGCACAUUCAAAUUAUCUAAUGCGAAUGGACCUAUUCUCGCUUAAUUUGGUCAAAAUGAUGAUAUGGUAGGAUUUUCAUCAGUCUAAGAUGCCAAAAGAUUAGAAUCAACAGCAGUGUAGUAAGGAAAUAAAAGUUUGCAAGUGAAAAUCUGGCCUGGAGUUGGACAUGCUUUUUGUAACUAAGAUAGACCAGAGGUUUAUAAUUAAACCAUAGCUAAAUAAGCUUUAGAUUUAGCAGCAAAGUUUUUACAUGAAAAUUUAAAAUGA